AUGCAAUGCACCUGGCAAAAACUAGCCAGGAAGCUUGUAGCUCGCGGCAUCGGACAACCAACACUCCCCGUUCUCGCUAAUUCUCUUACUCGAUCGUUCCUCCUCAAACCGUUCUCCUCAUGGCAAAACAAAUCGCCCAAUAAUUUAUUUUCAAGAAGAUUGUUCACAACCGCGGAACUUGCCAACACCUCUGCCGCACAUUCCGUCCCACACUUCCCCUUUCCUCCCGCCAACGUCGCCCUCGGACCGACCACCCAAGUCCCCCAUCCGGGAAAUCUUCCUACGGAUCCUUCUCUGACUCCCGCCCAACUCGGACGAGCAGCUGCCUAUGCUGUCGACCUUUCCAUUCGGCAAGGCAACGUCACAGACGCGUACCACAUUGUCAACGCGGUCCGCUAUGCUGGUCUGGCGCGAGGUGCGACCGAGCUUGCCAGCCUACGCUCCAUGGAUCACUUCAAGGCAGCUGCGGCAACCUUUACCAAGGACGUUUCUCCAAGACUCCCAUCGCAUGCUCUCCUUCAUGGGCUGAUUCGUCUGAACAUGGCUCAGAAAGCCGCCAACCUUUCAGAGCAGAUGAUGAGGGCUGGUAUUCGUGUCCGUUGCAGGACAUUGGAGGCGAUCUACUCCAGUUUGGCUCAGACCUCAAACCAUACCGCUGCCAUACGGACUCCGAUGCAGUUUUCUUUGCACAGUGACACCGUCUUGAACCUUAGGUCGUCGAUGGCCAAAGACACAAGCUCACAGUUUGCUAUUCGACUUCUGAUGUUAGCGCGUCAGUCGAGGCAACGUCGCUCUCAUAACAUGUUCAAGACUUUGAUUAAGUUGUGCAUACUCAACGGAGAGAUCAUCGUUGGGUCUCUGCUUUUCGGCACUCUCGUACGCGACUGGCAAGCUCGGCAGCUAUCUAACUAUCCAACUGUGCCAGCCCAGUGCGAAACACCGCGUCCGGUACACAAUCGGUUGAAGGAGAUAUGUUCGGCUGUGGACCAUACCUUCUCAAAGCACAGAGGCGAAGCCUCGAAGGCAGACUUUCAAGAAGCAUUACAGGCGUUGGCAAAUCUUGCUGUGCUCCUGGAUAGGCAACUCAUUCCCUUUAAGCACAUCACGCCCCUUCUAUGUUCGCUGCGCAACUGUCCUCGCGCGCCGAAUAUGGUCUGGAUCCCGGAUAAAGAUGGUACCCCAAGACGAGUGCAAGCAUACGCCUAUUUUCACGAAAUCCUCGCAAGACUCAUAGAAAGACUGCCGACGCACGACCCUAUGCCACCAAAUGAGAAGAUGCUACCACGGCUCGAUCGAAUGAGCUACAACACACUCCUCCAUUACAGCCUUCUUCAUCGACGCUCGAUGACUCUCGCAGAGAGGGUUCUCGAUCAUAUGACCCACUUGCGACACGAGCCAUACGAGUUAGACACGGUGUCUAUGAACAUCAUCGCAAGGGCAGGCACUCUCCUACGGGACCCCAAAGUCGCUCAGUUAGCACUAUCGCGCAUGCAGAAGACCCCGCCAGCGGAUUCAGAUCAACAAGACCCAUUACUUACUUUGUUGGACAUCGCGCAGCAAAAGGGGAACAGACAUACCCUUAGCACUCGGAUCGCACACCUCAUUGCCAUAGGCCAACCCAAUAUCGUCGUUGACGCGGUACCCUAUUUACUUCCAGGCCUUACUCGCUCGAUGUAUCCUCAAGGCAACAUCACGAUGAGCGCCGAAGAGGUACGAACUCUUCAGCACCAACACCGUGAACAAGGCCUCCAGCACGCCGUCUACCUUGGUCCCGUUAUCCUCACCUCCAUCCUGAACGCGUUGCAGAAGGCUGGUAGGACAGGCCUCGCCGAGAAGGUCUGGGAGUGGACAAAGAAAGCGGAAGCUCUCAGCUGGACUCCUGGAGACGAUGGCAGCGUUCGACCAUGGUGCAUACCUGUACAUGCUUACACCAUCAUGAUUAAGGUCUAUGCAGCUGAAACUCGGAGAGAAAAUCUGGCCAAAGCCGUUGGAUGGGGCGGCGAACGUUUCCAUAAACGUUCCUCACCACAGAAAACUCCAAGACAAUUAAGGCAAGCGCGUGCCACGCUCGGCCGCCAACUCGGCCUCGAAACCUACCAUGCCAUGCAGGCUGCCGCCGCUCGAACUGAGCAGAAACUCGCAGAGUUACACGACCUCUCCUUGAAGCAAAACGUUCCUGUCAGCAUCGCGAAACGCGAACUCGAGAUUCCUCUCCCUGACGCGCGCUUCUUCAACGCUAUCCUCGAGAUUGUUGGCUGCCAACCCGGUAUGAAUCCCCGUCGACAGCGGAGUCGCUCUUUCUACCGGCACCAGAUCGGGCUGGUCAGGGAGAGGUUCAUCUGGGACGGCAAAGUUUCGCCCCGUGGUCCUGAUCUAACCCUCAAGGCAGUCGUGAGACAUAUGAUCAGUGAGGGCUUCCCAGUGCCGUUGCUCUACCAGAAGCUUCUUGUCGGGAGGUGGGAUGGGCCUGCUCCUGAAGGUUUGGAUCAUGAUGUUCAUCAGGAGAAGGAUAUGCGGCCGUUCGCCGCUUAUCCUCUACCUUCUGUUGAUGACAAGAAAGGCGAUGAAGUUGAAAAGGUGCCCAGGGUCAUGCUGCCAAUAUAUGACAAACGAUCGUUUUCUCCGCAUGCUUAUCUGCAUCGACAGCUCAAGAGGAUGAAGAGGAGGCCAGGGGCAUUUAGGAAGGUAUACCCAACAAGUAGGGUAUGA